AUGCAAGACUUUUCCUCGACACUAAACGCCAACUUGGGCACUGGGAUAAUGUUAUCCUGUGCCCUGGCCGCGGGAGCAGGUCUCCUGUCUCACUGGGGCUACUUCAUCCGCGGGCAUAGGAGCAUGGAGGUCUUCAAUAUCUUGGUCGUUCACGGCGUGGCACUGGCGCUUUUGUUUGUCAAAUCGGUCUCGACUUUGGGAUUGACAAAGGGUAUUACGGCACAUGUCGCGACAUCCAGCUCCUACCUCGCUGCGCUGUUCACCAGCAUCUGGGUUUACCGUCUUCUCUUCCACCCCCUGCGUCGAUUCCCCGGUCCCUUCCCGGUCAAAGUCGCCAAACCCUACGUUAUGUGGUUGAACAGAGAUUUAAAGUUGCACGAUAAAUAUCUCGAGAUGCACGAGAAGCACGGAGAAUUUGUGCGCGUGGGCCCGAAUGACAUCUCAGUUGUGAAUUUAGACGCUAUCAACAAAAUCCACGGACCACAGACAAAAUGUACCAAACACAACACUGGAUUUUACGACGCUUUGGUGACAAGGGGUGAACUAAACUUGGAUUCCCUCUGGCACAAUGAAGUACACCGCGACAGACGCAAAAUAUGGGACCAAGCGCUGGGAAGUAAAGGUAUCAUCCUGCCCUUCUCAGCCUCGAUCUUCCUGCAACGAGACCUGCCAACCAUCGAGUUGACCUCUGCUAACCAUUCUCCAGCACUGGAGAAAUACGAAGAAGAAACCCGCAUCGUCCUUCGAACUUGGCUGAACCGCCUGGAAGAAGUCCAAGGAAAGCCAAUCAACGCCUCGCAUUACGCAAAACUCAUCCCAUUUGACAACAUGGGCCGCGUGGGUUACGGACGCGACUUCGGCACCGUCAGAGAUGGCAGGGAAGACAGGAUGCUGGAUCUCAUCGAGACGACGUUCAAGCUGGGCUCUCGACUGGGGCAGACGCCUUGGCCGCUCGUCUUCCUGGCAAAGUUACCGCGGAUAGGUAUGCAAAAAGAGUUUGAGGAUUUGGGAGUCGACUCUGAUGAGUCGCAUGAUAUGUUGAAGUACUUCCUCGACGACUACAAGUCUGAGAAACCCAAGUCCUUCUUCAACGUCAACAUCAUGUACACCGACUCACAAGCCAUCCUCAUCGGCGCAACAGACACAAUCUCCUGCACCCUGGGUUACGCGUUUUAUUACAUCGCCCGCGACGCCAAACUCCGUCAGCAUCUUUACGAAGAGAUUGCGCCGAUACACUCCAGGACCCUGGAGGGAGAGUUCGCAGUGGCCGACCUCAAUAAGCUCGAGCUGCUCGAGGCCGUCAUCACCGAGACGCUUCGCAUGCAUGCGCCCGCGCCGAUCAACGGCCCAAGAACGGCUCCGCCAGAGGGAGUGACCAUUGACGGGACGUACAUCCCUGGAAAUGUGACUUUAUUCACUCCUAUACACUGCUAUCAUAGGAGCCACAAGUAUUGGAGAUCUCCCAACGAAUUUAUCCCCGAGCGCUGGACGACGCGUCCAGAGUUGAUAAUCGACCGCAGGGCCUUCUUGCCCUUCAGCUACGGUCGAUAUGACUGCGUGGGAAGGCGUCUGGCUUGGAACGUUCUCCGUCUCACGAUCGCUUACACGCUCUGGAACUACGACUUCCAAUUCGCUCCUGGUGAAUACGGCAAGACGUUCGAGGAAGAGGCCAAGUUCCAGCUGAUUGUCAAGCCGGCAAAGCUGGAUUGCGUCUUUACGAAGAGGCCCGAGCGAACCUAG